GAAAACUUAGGAUGUCCUCUCUUAUCUCUCUAUAAAUGAACCCACUCUUAACAAAUUCUUCAAUCCGUCUUUUAGGUUUUCCACAUAUUAAUUUUCUCCCAAUCUCUCUCUCUCAAAAAAACACAGCAAACAAUGGAGAAUGAAACGAGUGACCGCAAACAGAGACAACUAAUCUCGUCUUUCAUCAAUAUAACCGCAGGUCAGCCUGAGGAAAUCGCAAUCCACUUCCUUGAGGCAACAAGGUGGAAACUGGAUGAUGCCAUUAACCUCUUUCUCAUCUCUUAUUAUCAAUCUCCGUGUUGUCACGAUGCUCUCAUGUGUCCAACUUCGGUCGCAGUAUGUCCUGAAGAUGUCUGGGACGACUCGACACCAGAAGAACCGUCAGAUUCUAGGUUAUCUUCCUUGUACCGUCCUCCUCUGGAUCUGCUUUUCAACGGUUCCUUUGAAGAAGCGAAAGCAACUUCCUCUAGAGAGGAUCUAUGGCUGCUUGUCAACCUCCAAUCAACGAUAGAGUUUGCUUCCCACACUCUUAACCGAGAUGUAUGGUCAAACGACGCCGUGUCUCAAGCGAUCAGGUCCGGCUUCGUCUUGUGGCAGGUCUACGAUGAUACCGAGGAAGGGCAUAAAAUAUCAACUUUUUACAAGAUCGACUCUUCUCCUCCCGUGAUUCUCCUCAUCGAUCCCAUCACUGGCCAGAAGAUGCGUACAUGGAGCGGUAUGAUUGAAGCUCAUGAUUUUCUCGAGGAUUUGAUGAAGUACAGGGAUGUUGGUCCUCACGAACAUGUUGCAUCUCUGACAAGCAACAAACGUAUCAAAACAGAGAAGAUUUGGUUUGUAAGCAGCCAGGCUUACGACGACCAUCAUGACAUGUCUACGUUUUGGGACGACGAUCGCGUUGUGACGACUCCUCCUUCUUGGGGUAUAGAAUUUGAAGAGACUUGUCUGUCAAGCGAUGACAUGUUUGAGUUCCCGGUUCUGACAGAAGAGCCAAAAGGAGACUGUGAUCGAAGCCUUUUAUGCAGUUUGUGCAUUCGAUUUCCAGAUGGGAGAAGAAUGCAGAGGAAGUUUCUCAAGAGCGAACCGAUUCAGCUUCUCUGGUCUUUCUGUUAUUCUCACAUGGAGGAAUCAGAGAAAAGGGCGUUCAAGCUUGUGCAGGCUAUUCCCGGUGCUACUAAGACUCUAGAUUAUGGAGCUAAAGCCACGUUUGAUCAAUCUGGGAUUGAUAACUCGAUGGUCUCGGUUACUUGGGAGUGAAGAUUUCAACCUGUUGUUUGCUUCUUUAUAUCUUCUCUUUGAAGUAUUUUGAUUAUGGAAGUAAUUAACCCUUGCAUUCUUGUUUGUAAUUCUAAAAACUUAUGCUUUGUUCAUCAGUUUCGAAUAUUAAGUUCAAUUUUACAUUUCUCACAAGUUACUUAAUGUUCUUUAGAUUUUAUUUUUUAAAUAGUAACGAGUCCAAUGAUAGAUUAAACAAAGGAUAUAAAUUCGUAAAUUAUAUGAAGCAACUUCUGAUGUUCUAUCAAUUUAAUUAUAUUGUUGCUAUUUUUAACUAGCAAGCUGACCAUGUUCCUUUUCAUCAUCGCCUUCUCGAGUAUUAGCAGUGGCAAGCCCUGAUUCGAUGCAACCUGCUUCUGCAGUUUUCCGUGAUUGUAGACCAUAUUUUUCCAGCAUUUCACUUCCGUUCCACUUCAAUUUCUCAGGUGAAUGAAGACCAAGUUUCUGGACGAUAUUUUGACCAACUAUGUCAGGGAUGUUAUCCCAAAAAUUACCAUCUCACUGAAAGCUGCCAUUUUCAUUUUCACCCUCCAGUUCAUUGCUAUGGCCAUCACCAUUACCAUCUUUGUCUUUUGCUAAGCUUUCCUGAAUUACGAAUUACUCUGAUCAGUACUGCGAUUUUGAUCGGAUGAAAUCCUCUGAACUAGCCCCCCAUCAGAAAACAUAUCCUUUAGAGUCCUCUGUAGUAUUGUUUAGAAGUUCAAUAUUCUUGAGGGGGGCAUCACGGAGUGAUUUUAACUGUCCAAAAGCAUACUCUACAAAUUGACGUCCUGGCACAGCUUCAGAGUCAACAAGAUUUUUCAAAACUGAUUCGACUGCUUCAGAGUCAACAAAGUUUUUCAGAACUGACUUAAUUUCUGAAAAAGCUUUGACAGAAUAAACUGACCUCCAGUUGAACUUUCCCACCACCACCAAUUCCAUCUAGUUCUACUAGGACCUCGUGCAAGUU